AUGUCUACCUUGCUCGAUCUAGCCAACUUGGACCUCGCUAGCACGCCCGGCGCCACCCCGAAGCCUUCCUCAGCCCCAGCUCCUUCUGCUCUCCCGCCCGUCAUCCCGACCGCUCAGCGCGCUCGCUCAAUCAAUGGGCAGCAGACAGACGUGCUUGUGCAGCUCUUUGCGGACAGGGUCGUCGUGGUCGUGACGCAGAUGGGCAGGAUAGGCUGCAUGAUCCAAGUCUCGCCCCCUCCUUCCUCACUCUCCAUGCUUCCCCCAAUGCCUCCACCAACACACCUGCCUUCCGCCCCUCCCCAGAAUCCACUCGCCGCGCUCCCCCGCCCCGACCCCUCAAGCAUCCUCACACCCCUCUUCGGCGUCCCUCCCUCUCCACAUCUCUCCUACCUGCACGACCUGUACGCCUCGCAGAUCGGGGCGAUCGUCUUUCGGAAGAUGGGGGGAGGGGAUGUGCUAAGUGGAGGAGCGAAGCCUGUUGUGCUGGGUAUUGGGUUGAAGCAGCGGGCGAGCGGGGCGGAAGGUGAGGAUGAGGACGAUGUGGAGUUGACGCAGGCGGAGAGGGAGACGUUUGCGCAGGUUAUGGAGAUGGUGGGCGAGUGUCUGGGUUGA